UCGCCGCGCAGCGUGGGAGUUAGUUCUGGUGAGGGCGCCAGGCAGCUCACUCACCGAAGUAACCCACCGUCCCAACCCUUCGAUCCUCCACAUCCCUCGACCUUCGACCAACAAAGCAACCAUCCACGGCCGCAACCUCCUCACCAUUUCGAUUCCGGUCGCCGUCGCUUUCCGUCUCACAUCUUCGUAAGUCCCCGCGAGCGAGCGAGAGAUCGCGAAACGGCCAUCGAACGGCUCUCCACGCGAGGAUCACCUCCAGUGCAGGCGCGUCGACGACAGCGAGGGGGUGCAGCAGCGAGAAACGGUGCUGUCGCGCGACGAGCUGACGAGGUCGGACGAGAGCAGAAAGUACGCAUCGUGGGAGACCGAGCGAGGGAGACGACGAGAACCAAGGAGAAAGAGCGAAGGAAAGAGAAACAGCGAGGGUGAAACAGAGAGGGAGGAUUUCUCGUCGCUCAAUGGAACACCGGCCGGUCGAGAUCGUUGGCGACGUCAGCACGGGAAGUCGGGCAAUCGCGGGAAACAGCCUUUAACCUUUGAAAUACCGAGCGCGAUUAUAGUCCGAGACUAGACAUCAUCGUAGAAGACGGGAGUUAGAGACCUAGUGAGAGAGUGGGUGAGCGAGAAAGGGAAAAAGAGAGGGUUGAGAAGAGAUAGAGAGACCAGACACGGAAGGGGGUGUGUAAGCGCGCUGGAACGAAUCAUCAAGAGCAACCUGGAAAGAAUCCUCGCGGCGCUCCGACCAUCACCACUCCGUCGUACUGACCGUAUUCAACCCCCGGCGUAUAAUUUUCGCGGUAUAUAAUUCCAGAUCUUGUGCGCGAGUCCGCACACACACGGCCGAGCGGGCGAGUAGCGAGCGAGCGAGCGCGCGCACGGUAUCACACGCCCAUGUAUGAACGGCCAUACGGAAGCGGAACACGCGCGGGUGAGCAACAAAAAUGUCAGUGAAUGAAACGCGUCUUGCCGUGUGUGACCGGACGACGUCGUACGUGGUAUGAUCUCACGGGGUGCUGCUACGUCGGGGCAAGCAUAGUCUCCCUGUGGCGCGCGUCGAUCGAGAAGGCGAGAGAAAGGGAGAGAAAGCGUGAUGCACGUCGAGUGUCGCCUUUCGGAGCAGUAGCAUCAGCCGGGAAACUUGCACGUCCGCUGAGGAGGGCGAAGCAGAAGCGAGAAGCGCGAUCGUGUGCGAAGAGGACGGGACACCUUUUUCUUCGAGGGUGCAGGCAGCGAGGAGGAGAGACCUUACGAUCGUAAUCGCGAAAUCAUACGAGGGAAAUAAAGAGCGGAGGCCGGGCGAUAAACAGCGAUACAGGGGCAACGGGACGAGGGGGAAGAGAGAAGAGGAAAGGUGGACAGGGGACAAGAAGAGGACGAAAGAGAGCGAAGGGUGAAGAGAAAGAGGGAGAAGGUUCAGGAUCAGGGUGCGAGGCAUCACGGAACGCCGCGCACGACGAACGCGGACGAUCGAGGGAAGAGAGAUCGAGAGACACAGGAGAGAUCGGAGGAAAGCUCGGAGGAGAGGUCUCGGCGGACGCGCGGCGGCAAGAGAGAUCGGGAGAGAGAAGCAAGUAUUAUCACGUAAUGCCCCGCGUAAUAACACUGCACCUCCUCUAUCGAUGAACCUCACGUAAUCUCUGUCUGUGACUCCAAGGCGUCUCGCGCGCCCCUGACAUCCUCACUACAUACACACGUACAUGUAUAUAUGUAUAUAUAAUAUGUACAUGUAUAAACGUGUACAUAUAUAAAUACGUAUAUAUGUAUAUUGAUGUACCUUUUUCUCUUGCCUUUGUUUUACACCCACCGUGUGUUACCUCUGUCGCAAUACACGCUCGCGCGAUACCGCCUUCCCGCGUCUCGCACCGACAAACGCGCACCGCUCUGCCACGGCCAAGCCUUUGCUUUUUGAACGUUUUUCGGGGCACCUGUUGAUAUGACCGACCUACAUAUCGCACCACUAUCCGCAUUAUGUCACCCCGUCAUCGCCCGCCCGCUCAAAUCAUCAAAUCCGAUGUCGAAUCCACUCGGGGGGCUCUCCGGGCUACUCGGAAAUCCUCACGUCCGGCGUGUUGGUUGCGCUCGCGCGAGUAACGUUGCGACAACGUUGUUGGUCAUUCGAGACGGUUGUCAUACGUGGCGAUGGAAUCGUGCACGCGCGAUGAGAGGGUUUCCGCGAUUCCAUACGAUCUUCAUGACCGAAAUCGUAUCGAGAUGACAUUUGUUUUUUCUUUCGUUUCGUGUCUUGGAGAAUCCAUCGCGCGGUCGUCACGAAUGGCCUCGGUUGUCUGGUACGCGACGUAGAAUUGCGUGACGCUGAUAAGUUCGUCCUCGAAAUACAUCGGAAUGACCUGAAAAAUGGAUGACAACGUUUAAUCGCAUCUCCAGCGUAGCAUCGGUUUUUUUAGAAAAAAAUUAGGAAAGAAUUAAAUUAAAACAGAAUUUGCAAGCUCGCGUUUGCGUCUCGAGCUUAACACGUUAAGUGCAUCGGGACACCUGCCGCAUUCUUCGGAUAAAUUUUAGAAUCGCCCAGCUGCAUGCGAGCUCGGCUUACGCGCGAUAGUAUUUCUCGACGGGAUCUAGAACGAAUACUUGGAUGAUAGGUAGUCCGAGUAAGGUUUUUUGACAUCCGAGAGUCCACUGCGCAGCUCGAUCGAUCUUCUUUCGGAAAUUGCUGCAAGCACAGAUGCAUAUAUAAAAACAAAAAAAGUUUUGUGCGUGAAAAAUAUGGCGCAAGCAAAUAAAGCGAAAAUUUCCGAAGAAGGGACGCGCAGAAGGGAACACCCCUUACGUCGCCAACACCCCAUAAAUUUCGUGACGCUACGCGAUCCUGAGAACGGUUCUGUGCGCUUCGACGAAAACGCCGUCCUAGAGUCACGUUCGCGGCUUAUCUCGUGGAGAUUAUGCGCACGAUCGUGGAGUUCUCGCGGGGCGAAAUUCAGGUAGAUUUGCGGAUUUGCAAGCGGUCGCGUCGCGCAACGAUCGCCCACGAUCAUUACCGCAAUCGCAAUCGCCGCUGGCGUCGUUGGGUCCGUUUCCGGGUUGAGGAAACGAACGACGUACGCGGGAUACGUUCGAUACGUGAGGAGACGCAGGGAGAUAGGGACGUAAGACGGAGAGGAGGAAUGGAUAAGAGGGGGUGGGCAGAGCGAGAGAAAGCGAGAGAGCAAACCGAGAGAGGAUGGCAAGAGUGGAAAGGUAAGCGGAUGAGGAGACGACGCCGUGGGAGAGGCCUCCCUCGCGGGGACAUGGUGUAGCUUUUCCAUUGUGGCGCGCGAGAAACGAUCGCGAGCGUUUUAACAUCGGUGGGCGCAUCGAUUGGUUUAAAUGUUGUGUCCACACUCUCGAGCACCUUUACGCAUCUAUGAGCACGCACGAUGAGCACCUCCGAUUACCACCUCCACACGUCGCAGCACUCUGUUGAAUAUAUCCUGAGAAAAACCAAAAAAAAUUAAAAAUAUAUAUAUCAGAGAAAAAAAAAUACCACCACCACUACCACCACCACAAAUCUUUUUGUGUUCCUGGCACUCGCGGUUGUAGGGUACUCGCACGUUUAUUCUCUACUAACGACCUGAUUUCAGGACGGUCGGUACAGGACGUGUGCGCUUUAUCACGAGGGGGAAAGCCCAAGGUCGCGGCUACUAUCAUGGACUGCCGAAAGUGAAGCGUAUCGAUUAGAGGAGCGAGCAUAACGCAAUCAAAUGUCAAACGUGAUACACCGUGCGCUCGAGUUGGCGACUUAUCCCCGAUAGAGACAGAAAGAGUGAGGACGGGAGUGAGGACGGGAGAGAUAGAGAGAUAGACGGAUAAAUCGAGAGAGGGUGAGAGAGAGAGGGCAGUAUCUGCGACAGACCCGUGAUCCCGAGCACCGAGGACAUGCGAGGGGGAUCGCAAUUGGUACAGUCGCACGCGUAGCACCGUUGCGUUUUCUAUAUGCAAUAAUCGUCUGCGACUGCGUCGAGACGCGCAUCACCGCGCGUGAUUUUUUAUCAGGCUUAUCAUCCUCGGUCUCCUCUUCUUCGCCCUCAAUCGACCGCCCCCGUACCUCCCGCCCACCUUGCACACGCAUACACGCAUACACACAGGUAACAUAUACGCAUGCACACACACACGCACACGCGUACACGCGCCAGGACACGCUCCAUCCUCAGUUUCCCCGUGUCACCGCGAGUUCAAACGAAAAGUCGGCCUAACCCAGAGUCGCUACAGACGUGCCUUUAGACUGGCAGUGAGUAGUAAGCAGCUAUAGGAGGGAACGAGGAGACAAGAGAACAAAAUUAAGCAGAAGCACAUCGUUGCUGUUCAUGUAGGUCAAUUAUAACACCACGCCCAGCCGUGUAAACGAGUGCGACUAAAGUGGUGGUAGAGAAAGAAGAAACAGAGAGAUAUAUGCAUAGAUAUAUAUAUAGAUAUAUAUAUAGAAAGAGAAACAGAUAGAAAACGCUAGAAAGAGUGAAAACGAAAAAGGGUGAGAGACAGAGGAAAAGAGAAAGAGAGAGAGAGAGAAAGAAAAACAGAAAGAAGUAGAGAGAGAGAGAGAGAAGGAGAGAAAUAUAGAGGAGGACAACUUAAACGUUAACGAUUCGUAAAAUGGCGGUUUGCAUGUUCUGGCUUCUCACGUACGUGGGACAGGGCUUGGACCUGGCGGUGGGCAAUCGACCCGUGAUCAUACAGGUGCAAGGCGCACAGGGACUUGACUAUCGACACGGAAGCGGCGGCAUUAGGAAGAAGAGCGAGCUGAACUCGGUAGGCAGCAACCUGUUGCACUUCAGGAUAUACCCAUCUGAUGGCGCCCACCGGGACGACCUGUCGAAUUGGCUGGUCCUCAAUGACGAGCCGCGGAUAUCCUCGUGGUCGCCCGCGGGCAUGCUGAUCGACGACAUCGUCAAGGAGCCGCGGGAGCUGCCGAACGUGUUCUUCGGCCUGGCGCCACCCGCCGUCCUACCGAACGUUCUCCAUUCCGAGCACGCUGCAUCGCAGCACCAGCACGUCGCCGAGCCCUACAUGCACGACGAGGGCAACUCGUUGACGUCCAGUGGCCGGCAGUCCCAUCAGCGCACGAGGAAGCGGCGCCUGGGCUGCAGACAUCCGCGGGGACCGCUUGGUCUGCCGAUACUGGUGUGCGACGGGAAGACCGCCAAUGUCCUUCAGGAACCCAGACAAUCCAAUUACGACGAUCACUACGCAGAGCAGAGACUCAACACCGCGACUAGCACGAAGACUGAUCUCGCGCGCGCUGAAGCCGGCAGCCCCCAUAAUCCACCCCCGAACAGCGGCUUCGGCCCGCGAGGCCUCGUCUACGAAACAAGCAAGCUACCCGGAAGCAAGCGGAAUCAGAUAGUGGUCGGACGGCGUUCGAUCGACGCGCAGGGAGAGUCCCCGGGACAUCAGGCUCAAGCGUCCUCGGCGUCCUCGGCGUCUUCGGCCGGCGCGAGCAUCGCCUCGCAGCUCAUGCUGAGGUCCAUCCGGGGCAGCAUACAGUACGACGUGCCGCAAAUCGAAUGUCCAGUCUCCGAAGAUGGAAUGGAAAGAUUCGCUUGCCCGACUGCGGACAGGAUGGGUAGAUAUCAUUGCAUCGACGAUCACGUCCUGUGCGACGGCUUUCUAGACUGUCCCUCAGGCGAGGACGAGGAUAGGCAAGCCUGCAUGUUUUUCAAAACCACGAAAGCGCAUCUGGACGUAUUAGCGGACGCCAUCCUGCGAUGGGCGAGAGGACGCUAAUUCCUUCUUUGUUGACGAUGAACCUCCAACCUGUACAUAAAAUCACAAGUCUGAUACGUCUACUUCUUUAUAUAUAUUCAUCGAUAUAUCUUUUUCUCCUACAUUGAUCUAUUUUCCGGCAACUGUUUUCUCUCUAUGUUCAGCACAUAGAGACGUUCACAUUGAAAUCAAACUCAGGGGAAUGUUAAGAUGAACCGUUUCUCUCUCUCUCUCAAUUUCCUUCCUUCCUUCCUUCCUUCCUUCCGUCCUUCCUCCAUCUCUCUUUCCCUGUUUCCCUUUCGUUCUCUUCGUCUCUCUUUCCCAGAAGAGAAUAUGCCCACUCGACUUAAUCUCCGAGGGGUCACGGCAUGGUUCUAACUACACUAAAAAAAUCGGUUAGCAAGGUCUAUCGUAUAACCAAGAUAUCCUCACGUAAAGUACAAAUUAAGGUGUCCGACUUUUAGGAUGUUAUAAAUAAAGUUCGUAAGAGAGUUAUGGCAUUUUGACGCGCCGCCACGCGCGGCGCGACGAGAAGAGUACCCGCGCGACUCGGAUAUAUAUUGUUUCAGUUCUAUAAGCAUCUACCAGCUAUACCACAGAUGAUGUAUUACGAUUUCAUAUUGAGCGAUUUCCGCGAGAUCAUACUAACUCUUUAACGACUUUAUUUUGGUACAAUAAAGUAAUUUUGAAGACUGAGAACUAUCUACUUCAUUCCCAGAGAGUAAACUCACGCGGCUUCGCCGGUCGCGCCGAUCCGAUAGGGACGAACGAACGUAUCGUCUGGCAAGGAACGGGCACGUGUACCUAGAGACUUCCUCCUAGAGUACUUCCUAAGAUUGUAAAAGGGAUACAGAAAAAAGAAAAGAAAAGAGAGAAAUGUACUCGCGUUUAAUCAAACCGCUCCGCGAAACGUGCGACGCGUAAGCGAGCGACAAUGGAAUCAACGUCGAUCCGGUUUUCUUGGUAUCGCGUACUUCUGGUAUCACGAAGAGACGUCUCCUUCGCCUUGUGCACGCUCUAUGUUGUCGUCAAUAUCUCUAAGCAUUCAUUUCGAAUUCAAUGGAAAGCAUGUUCGCGCGAAUAAAAUAAGAAUGCAGAGCGAUCGCUUUCAGCAGAACGAAUCUCGUUGAAGAUGAAUUUUGCGCUUCACCGAACCCGCUCCAAAGUAAUCGAGUUAGGAGGCGAUUUAGGAGGAUUCAUUAGGGAGUAAUUCGCUGCCGUUAUACUUUGCGUUCUGCGAUCUUUAUUUACAGGCCUCUCUAUCACACAUACUGAAAAAAAAAGAAUUCACAUAAAUAUAUGUAUUGACAUUGUGCUGUGAGAUUGACGCAAACUGAAUUUCUCCUAUGUUAAAUAUUCGAUGUCCAAGAAUUAUGACUUAAACGGUAACAUAAUAAUACAUAUAUGUUCCAA